AAAGCAUGGAAAUUAAAAAACAAAUCACAGGAAUGAGAAGAUUACUGAAUGACAGCACUGGGAGGAUCUAUCAGCGUGUGGGCAAAGAAGGAGAAAAAUUAAAAGAAGAACCCCAGGAUUUGGAUUCAGUCUGGCCUCCGCGUUUGAACUCCUCUGCUGAGGCCCCACAGAGCCUCCACCCUUCUUCACGUGGUGCGUGGAAUGAGUUACCACCGCCCAGCGGGCAGUUCUCAGGGCAGUAUGGCACCCGCUCUAGAACCUUCCAGAGUCAGCCCCACAGCACUGGGAGCUCCAACGGAGAAAUUCCCGCCGUGAAUUCGUCCGUUGGAUCCAACUGCUGUACUUGCAACUGCCAGUCAACGUUGCAAGCCAUCCUCCAAGAACUCAGGACCAUGCGGAAAUUAAUGCAAAUUCAAGCAGUUGGAACCCCAAACAGACAACAACCCCCGAUUUCCCUUAUAUGCUCCCAGCGAACUGCUGUCUCACGCAAGAGAAAUAAAAAGAAAAAAGUGCCCUCAAAGACCGUUGAACCUCUGAGUGUGAGGCAGAAGCCUGGCGUGUUAGAAACGGAGAAGAAGACAGCCGGGGCCUCGGAGCAGCCUGGCCCCCCGGCGGCCGAGCCUCCCUCGGCAGGGGAGAACCGUGUGCUGGGAUUCGGCAUUGUCCUGGAGUCGCCUGCCUCCGAUCCAGAAGUGCAACUUGCUGAAGGCUUUGAUGUGUUCAUGCCUAAAUCACAGCUGGACUCCAUACUGUCAAACUAUACUCGCUCAGGAAGCCUUCUGUUUAGAAAGCUGGUGUGUGCAUUUUUUGAUGACAAGACUUUGGCUAACUCCUUACCCAAUGGGAAGAGGAAAAGAGGACUCAAUGACAACCGAAAAGGACUAGACCAAAAUAUUGUGGGUGCAAUAAAAGUCUUCACAGAAAAGUACUGCACGGCUAAUCACGUGGAUAAACUUCCUGGCCCGAGAGACUGGGUGCAGAUUCUGCAGGAUCAAAUCAAACUGGCCAGAAGAAGGUUAAAAAGAGGCUCAGCAGAGGUAGCUGACGGUGAUGAAAGACUGGACAGCAUUUCCCUACCACCAACAGGUAAAAAAGCCUGAGGCCCAGAAACCCUAAAUGACUCUCUCAAGGUCUCACAGCUGGUUGGUGGCCUGGCCGGAGCCCCGGCUUCUCGACUUCCGGCCCUUCUACCGCAUAGCUUUCUCGUACCUAAGCCAAAGCCAGCUUUUCUCUGCAUGUUUCCUAAAGAUCCUAAGAGUCGAUGGAUGUACUAAUCCCUUUAGGAUUCCAUUCCACUGUCUGUCUUCACGAUUAGAAUGUCUGUCGUAAGCCUACCUGAAGUCCUCUGCAGUUGAAACUCACUUACUGCAGUUCUCAAUUCCUGCCCGAGGUCCUGAGGUCCUGACGGACACAGUAGUAGGCCAGGUCUCUUCCCUAGACUCUUGGCGUUUGAUGCAGAUUACUGCACAGCAUGACAAAUCAUACCGUUUAUCAUUUA